CACUUUUCCACAUGAAUUAGGACCCCAACCGAAACAGACCCAGUGAAGUAAGAGAGCAUGGGGUAGAAACCGGCCUAGAUAUAAGCAACUAGCAACGAAACACCAACGAGUUAAAGUAACUUCUUGUUUUAGUACGCUGACCUGCCCCUUGCAUUUCAGCACUGAAACCUGUAAGAUGUCUUCCAUGAUCGUCCCCGUAAUUGAUGUCCAGAAUGAUAACUUUAAAGAGCUCUGGCCAGCCAUGGUGCUGGCGAUCAAAACAUCGUCUUUCAUAGCGCUGGAUACUGAAUUAAGUGGUCUUGGAUCAAGAAAGGAUUUACUGGCACAAUGUAUUGAAGAACGGUACAAAGCCAUUUGCAAUGCUGCACGGACACGCUCUAUUUUGUCCUUGGGAAUUGCCUGUUUCAAAAAGCUUCCUGAUAAGGCUCCUCACACUUACCUGGUGCAGGUGUACAACCUGACUCUGCUUUGCAUGCAGGAGUAUGUGAUCGAACCGCAGUCAGUGCAGUUCCUGGUGCAGCAUGGCUUCGACUUUAACAAGCAGUAUGCCCAGGGCAUCCCAUACUGUAAAGGAAACGACAAGGGCGGUGAUCUGCAGAGCCAGAGCAUGCGAGCGCUUUUCCUGGAGGUGAUUCAAGCGCGGAAGCCCCUGGUCCUUCACAAUGGACUCAUAGACCUGGUCUUUCUUUACCAGUGUUUCUACGCUUGGCUCCCAGAUCGGCUGGGCACCUUCACUGCAGACCUAUCUGAGAUCUUCCCUGCUGGCAUCUUCGACACCAAACAUGCUGCAGAGUUUGAGGUGCGCUUCAUGGCCUCCUAUCUGGAAUACGCCUACAAGAAGUGUAAACGAGAAAAUUUCAAAUCAAUUGAAGCGGGUAGACCUGGCCCCCACCUCUCUUUGGAGUUCUGCAACUACACAGAGAGACUGUGCACCUACAUUGACUUCCGACAGUGCACAGAGGGGGGUGAGGAGAGAGAGACUGGUGAGGAGGGACCCCCUGCCAUCUGUACAAGGUUCUCUGCAUAUGGCUGGUGCCCCAGUGGAUCACAGUGCACUCUGUCUCACAACACAGACCUCAUCAUAGAGCAAGAUGAGCAAAAUAAGGAUCGUAAGAGAAGGAGAAAGAACAAGAGGAAAUUCAAAGCUCCUCAGGAGGUGUCCAGGGCCCCCAAUGAGCCUGAUCGCGUUCAGCAUGAAAGCAGCCCGCCGAACAAACAGCUCUGUGUGGAGGAUGAUAAAAUGCAGGAAGAUCGGGGAUCUGUGAAGGAGACAGCCUCUGCUGAUGUAGUACAGAUCAUGAAGGAUGCACUACUAGCGGAAGAAGUGGAGAGGAAGGAUAUGAGUGAUGAGCAAGUGGUUGAGGAAGCACAGGGUUCAAAUGGGACAGAAGACAAGUGUGAGCUUGUGAACAAGUGUGAGACAACUGGAGAUCAGAGUGAUGUGGUGGUACCUAAAGGAGAAAAAGAAGGCAGCAAGGGGAAAGAGCAGCAGAAGAAGGCAGAGGGGGGGACGCACAGAGCUGGGUUUGAUGCUUUCAUGACGGGAUACAUCUUUGCAUACGUCACUACAUUGAAGGCAGGAGCGGAAACUGACCCAAGUUCAGGGGCAUGUCUGCCAGACUGCCUGAACAAAGUGUAUCUCAGUGGGAAAUCUGUUCCCCUGCACAUUGUAAAAAGCAGCUUUUCCAAGUCUUCAAAAGCCCACACUCUCAAAAUGGAGUCAGUCUGGGGCAAGAUUUGAUCAAAAUAUGGGGACGGAAAUUGCCUACCUAUAUGUUUGAAACCUAAUGAUUACCUUUCCAGCAGGAGUCGGUCCAUGAGGUUUAUUCUUUAUCCUAUUUUUGUGUUGAUGUCCUAGUUUUUCAUUUUAAAUGUAGUUAGGGUAUAAUUUUUCUAGUGUACAUACAAUGACACAUUUAUCUGAUGUGCACUUGAGUUUUGGAUUUGUUAAAACUCCAGUCAGAGGUUCAUUUAUCUUUUGUUAAAUUGAUGUCAGCAGAUUUUUUUUGUACAUAUUUCUAUUAAAGAAAUACUGGUCUAGUACUUUAAA